GCACAGCGACCCAAGAUCCAUAGCCACCACUGUGUAUUUCGUGUUCGCACAACUGCACAAAGAAAGUGGUGGCUGUGACUGUUUCGUCGGACUGGGCGACCCAUCAGGGGAGAGAGAGAGAGAGAGAGUGUGUGUGUGUGUGUGUGUGAGAGAGAGAGAGAGAGAGAGAGAGAGAGAGAGAGAGAGAGAGAGGCGUGCGGUCUCGACGUGUGACGGCCGAGAGCAUCCUUCGCCCCGCACUUUGCAGCUGCUUCCACCAAAGUUACCGUGCUGGAGUGCCGAAGAAGGUGGCGGGCUAUUUACGGACAGUCAGUUUAUAGUUCUGAAUCAGGAGGCAGAGGUUUAUGUUGGGAGUUAUGGAGGCGACAGUUGGGAUGCUGGGGUCGCUUGCGAACCUCGUGGAAUUGUUAAUUACGAUGAGCAGGAAGUCGAAGACGCAUAAGAACAACUGCCAGGCGCUUGUGAAGCGCAUCAAGGUGCUUAGUCCGCUACUGGAAGAAAUUCGACUCAGCGGGCAGCCAUUGUCAAAUCAAGCUCUUGCCUGCAUGGAAGACUUGAUGGAAGCAUUACAGAAGGCCAAGGCGCUCCUUGAGCACUGCAACAAAUCCAGUAGACUCUACUUGGCUUUUAAAGGGCAUUAUGUUGUGAUGAAGUUUCAGGACGUGAGCCUCGAGCUGGACCGAUGCAUUCAGCGCAUUCCACUGGUGUUGCUGCGUCUCUCCGAACACAUCCGUCUGCAGAUUUACGAAGUGAGCAAGAUGUUACGUCAAACGAAGUACACUGUCGACAAUAUGGAUGAGCAAAUUUCUGCGGAGAUUGCGAGUCUUUUGCGCGAGCAGCGGAAGGGCUUGCACAUCAACAACGCACUAAUGAACCAGAUCGCGGUGCAGUUGGGCAUCACCUCAACGUCCUCGAUACAGGACGAGGCGCAGGCGCUGGAGUUGGCGCGGGAAGAGGCACGCAAAGACAAGGACAAGCUUGAGGAACAGUACAUCAACCAGAUUAUCAGCUUGUUAUUUGACAUUAAACCCACGGAAAAUUGUGCGAGUCCCUCUCUGUCUGAGAAAACCCCCAACCAGGCCGAUUUUGGAGAGGCUCCUUUUAGGUACUCACCUAUCGGUUCCGAUGGAAUGACUGUCCCAGACACACCAUCAUCUCCUGCUGACCAAUUCAUUCUGCAGGAACAACCGAGUCUGAGACGAAAAACACUUUGGUCCCGCCUCCAGAUUGCAAAUAAGUCAACGAAGAAAGGGAAGAACAAAUGUCCUCACUGAUGAUAUACGUACGUCUUUUUUUUCGGUGGUGCCACAACCCCAAACCAAUGGACUCGACCCCUAAGGGCCCUAACUUAAUCGUGGAACUUUUUUUUUUUUUUUUUUUUUUUUGGCAUCGUGGAACAUUUUUGUCGUCUGAGGUUUCCAAGAAAGGAAGUAUAGGGCCUAUAGGCUGUAUAGCCUUUUUUUUUUUGUUUUUCUUUCGUUUUUUUUUUUUUUAAAGAAAGGAAGUAUAGCCUUCUGGAAGCUUCGUACCAAGCAAGUAUAGCCUUCUGGCAGGAUUUUUCACCGACAAUAAAAGGGUGCCAGCCUGCCAGCUGCCAGCCCUCCCUAUUACCCCUGUAAAUCACACCGUGGCUAUUUUGCAUGCAACUAUUUUAAUGUAUGCGACGUUCAUCCCGCACUGCCCAUAGCCAUUGUCGCCGUGAAUCCGCCAGGAGUCCAUCCCUGCUGCGGGUGUGCAGAGGUUAAAGGACUACAGGAGAGCCCAAGGAAGCAGAAUUCCUUCCCGCUGUACCAUAGUCCCAAAUUUUGUUAAUAGUUACGUAAUAGUACUACCAAAUUUUGUUAAUACUUACGUAAUAGUACUACCAAAUUUUGUUAAUAGUUACGUAAUAGUACUACUGAUUAGCGAAACAGUUUAGACAGUCGUAGCCUUGUGGUGGUACUAGUUAUUUAGCUAAACAGUUUAUCAGUCAUACUCUGGUAGGGGUACUCAUUAGCUAAACAGCUUAGCAGUCAAAACCUGGUGGUGGUAUCGAUGGUAGUGACCGUCUUGACGAUGAUUAUGAUGGGGCGGUGGGUGUUGGUGACGAGAGGGGCAGUGAUGAUGAUGAUGAUAAUGAUGGUGGCAGUAGUGCAAUAAUGGUUGUCGGACUGGUGACGAUAGAGGCGGUGAUAAUGACGAUGCGGGGGACGGUACACUGCAAUAAUGGUCUUGACCAUGAUUGUUAUAUGGAACGAUGGGUGUUGGCGAUGAUAGAGGCGGUUAUGAUGAUGAUGCGGGUGACGCUACUGCAAUAACGGUUGUCGGACUGGUGAAUGCGCGUGAUGGCUUUUCAAGUAGUGACAUGUUGGACACCAUUUUCCUGAGCCUUUCGGAUCUCCUCUCGAGUCCCACGCUCUGUUUUUUUUUUUCCAUUUCAAAAUGCGUCGAAGCGUUUUAUUUUAUCCCCCCUCCGGUCCUCAUGAGCUCUCUCAUCAGAUAGGGUCUUGAACCUCGAUGCUCUAAGGUGCAGCUUCCGUGCUUGUACUCGGAAGAAGUGGAACUGGUUUUUCGUGGACGAGUAAAUGCUCCCUCCGUUC